CCAGAGACUCCUUCCACUCUUUUAUUGACGGUCACAUCUCCUGGGAAAGCUCUUCUGGAUCCUCCCAUCCUCAGGCUAAUGUAUUUUAGGAUUUAAUGGAUCCAGAAGAAAGCCUUGAGUCUGAUGGUUCAGAAAAAUCACUAUCUUCCUCACAGCAACUAGAUGAUGAUGAAUCCCAAGAGCCAGAAGAAAUGGGCGCGGAGAACCCUCUCCUACAACCCGCUCUCACUGGGGAUGUAGAAAGUUUGCAGAAGAUUUUUGAGGAUCCUGAAAAUCCCCAUCACGAAAAUGCCAUGCAACUUCUCUUGGAAGAAGACAUUGUUGGGAGAAACUUGUUGUAUGCAGCUUGCAUGGCUGGGCAAAGUGAUGUCAUUAGAGCUUUGGCAAAAUAUGGUGUGAAUCUGAAUGAGCAAACCACCAGAGGUUACACACUCUUACACUGUGCUGCAGCCUGGGGUCGUUUGGAAACUUUGAAAGCACUUGUAGAACUGGAUGUUGAUAUAGAUGCUUUGAACUUCCGGGAAGAAAAGGCUCGAGAUGUUGCUGCACGAUAUAAUCAGACUGAGUGUGUUGAAUUUCUGGACUGUGCAGCUGCAAGACUGGCCCUGAGAAAAUACAUUACAAAGUCCUCUCUAGUAAUUACCGAUGCAGAAAAGGGACCGGGGAAGCUCCUGAAGGAAGACAAGAACGCCAUCAUCAAUGCAUGCCGGGCAAAGAAUGAGUGGCUGGAAUCCCAUCCAGAUGCAUCUAUUAAUGAGCUUUUUGAGCAGAGACAGCAAUUGGAAGAUAUUAUGACUGCCAUUCUCACAAAGAUGUCUGCACCACGUCAAGUAAAAAGUGCCAAAUCUGUAACCUAACAGUGGUCAGAAGAGACGUCAAGAUUAUACUGAGCAUACCCUUUGUAAAAGCCUGUGUUUUCUUCUAAUAUCAGGAAAGUCAAAUCCAUUCAUGCCUGUUGGUGUUAAGAAAAAUAGAUGAGUUUCAUAAAAAGAUUUCAGUACUAAGUUUAACACCCUUGCUUUAUUUUACCUUGCUCAGCCUCUGGCCUAAUCUGGAACAAGAAAAUGUUAACAAUUGUCUUUUGGUUAUUAACCAUUACUUUUUGGUUCACAUUAAAGUUCACCUGUAAGGUGGAGGAGGGGUAUAGUUUCUGGGUAACUUUAACCUCUUUCUAUCUUUAAAUGAACAAGUACAUUCUGAGUGGUUGUACAUUUAGAAGGUGUCCCUUUGCUCUAGGUUUGGCAUUUUUCUUUUCUUUUUUUUUUUUUUACUUUUUAGGAUUUAGGUACCAUAGUUGGCCACUUAGUGAUGAUUUUUCAAAGUCUGUUUCCUAGUCCAUUUAACCAAGACACUGAAUAUUCUGUUAUUUUGUGACUUCUUAGAAAAGAUUUAUAGAAAAGGAAAUUUUAAAAAUACCCUAUUUUCUUGUUCUUACAACUUCCCCUUCUUUGUCUUGCUCUGCAAGCUAGCCUUUCAUUUUGAGGAGAGGGAAAUGAAUGAGCAAUUCAGCAAUACAUUUUUCUUGACACUUUCCUCAGCCAGUUUUGAGAUGACCCUGUUUUAAAU